AUGGCGGAGACUAGAAAAGACCACGAGCCUGAGCUUCAUCGGCAGCCGAAACAGUUUGUUUUGUGCUUUGAUGGCACCGGGAAUAAAUUCGCCGGUGAUACGUCGGAUACUAACCUCGUGAAAAUCUAUCGUAUGCUCGAUCGCAGCCAAUCUCAUCAAUACCACUACUAUCAGCCGGGAAUCGGCACGUACCUCACCUCACACUCGCUCGGGAGCAAGGGGAGACUAAACCGCGUCAAAUCGUCGUACAAGAAAGCAAAAGAUGCCGCAUUGGGUUCCUCCUUCGACGAGCACGUCCUGGGUGGGUACAAGUUUCUCAUGAGAUACUAUUCACCCGGCGACAACAUCUUCUUCUUCGGAUUCAGUCGAGGAUCCUACACAGCGCGCUUUCUGUCCGAAAUGCUCGAUUUCGUGGGUCUUCUCCAACCCGGAAAUGAAGAGUUGAUCCGUUUCGCAUGGAAGACAUUCGCAAAAUGGCAGCAGCGGAAGGACUCCACAAAGAAGGAUAAGGAGGAAAGACGCAGACUUUUCGCGUUCAUGAAGGCCUUUCGUGAAACGUUUAGUCGGCCUGUUAGUCGGAUUAGGUUUCUAGGCUUGUUUGAUACGGUCAAUAGUGUGCCCAUGUUUGAGAAUGCCUGGCUGGAACGGAGCAAAUUUCCGUAUACGGCGCAGACCACUGCGCGGGUUAUUCGUCAUGCGGUCUCGAUUGAUGAGCGGAGAGCAAAGUUUCGACAGGAUUUGAUUUCUGAGGUGAAGCCUCUCGCUCACGACUCGAAGCAUCCCCAUCGACUGAGACGUUUUCUUUCGAGGGAUGAUCAUCACGAGAAAGCCGAAGUGCCUGAAAUUGUACUGAAUGCUGCCGAAGAUGAGCGAAGUUCGAGAUGCCAGGUAGUUCACGGUGCGAAGGAGGAAAGGUACCGCGCCCCCUCGCCUUCGCCCAAUCGACGACAAAGCACGGAAUUUCCCAGGAACAAUGCUCUAUUGUCCGAUAGGGUCUCACUCAAAAGUGCCAUAUCUCGACAAUCACUUCAUGUCCCUUAUAUAGACGAGCCCGAACAAGAGGAAGAAGAAGAUGAUCACGGACAAGACAUUUCAGAGGUGUGGUUUCCUGGCCAACAUGGCGAUGUUGGAGGGGGCUGGAAACUCAAUCCCCAGGACAAUUGGCCAUUAAGUCACUUACCUCUUGUGUGGAUGGUCAAAGAAGCCCAGCUUGUCGGGCUAGAGUUUGAUCCCGAGAAGCUCAAGCGUUUCAAUUGUUUCGAAGCCGAUAAGGGAGAUGAGACAAUUCACUUUCACGAGAACAUUUUACCAAUCAACACCCUGGAGACCCAAAGUGGUCGCUUCCACCGUCAAAACCUCUCAGAUCCAUUCCAAGAAACAGUGACCCGCACCAUGAACCAAGGGAUUGUGCACGACUGUCUCACGUAUGGGGGUGGACUAUCAUUCUUCUCCACAUUGUCUUGGAGACUUAUGGAAUAUCUACCAUUCCGAAGAAUGGAUCUGCAGCCCGAUGGGUCCUGGAAACCCAUCAGCUGGCCUCUUCCUCGCGGCGAAGUACGUGAUAUUCCAGAAAAUGCUCAGAUUCACGUCUCCGCCAUCCAUCGUUUGAGGACUGAUCAAAAUUACCGACCUGGGAAUCUUAUUAUUGGCGGUGGUGGAAGAGGUGUCAAGCGGGCGCCCGAGAGAUACGGGAUUGGGGAGUGGGAAAUUUGUAACUAUGAGGGGGACCUUGUCCGAGAAACCUAUACUCGAAAGAAGCCUGAGACUGCUUGCAAAGAUGAGACUGUAUAG